AUGGCUCCAGCUUCUUCUCGCCUUGUGCGUGAUCUAGACUCAUCAUAUUUUGAUUCUCCUGAAAGAAUGCACUGGUUAAGUAGAAUGACAGCCGAUAGCCUUGCGAACUGGGGCGUGCGGCAACUUCCCAAACAAUGUGACUGGACUCUACGAGAGAUCCUCAACCUUGAAGAAAAGUAUGGGUUUCGCACUACCAGAUGGAGCUACAACAGGAUACAUGGAUUUCAGCCAAUAAAUCCUUCAGCGGGGAGCUUUGAUUGUGCUGUUAAGAAAGACGAAAUUCCUGCUCAUCUAGCUGAUGUGAAAGCCCAUUUUGAUGAGGAUGCAACCUGGAUAUUUUGCAAGGAUGGAAAUGAGCGUGGGAUGAAAGAGGUUCCUGGUGAGGGUCGGGAACAUACUAUCAUUAAGGAAGCAGUGGAGUUAUUGCGUAAGGUUCUUGAGCCUGGCAGUUCACCUUCAGAGGCCGACGACCUACACGACCAUACAACAACUCACCUUGAAGGGAACAAAACCUCUUCCUCUAGAACCUUGUCCAUUCCUUCAUUCCCUGACUUUCCAUACCUCAACAUCCCACCUGGCGACACCGGACCUUUAUCCGAACCACCUGCUUACAGUGAAACUGAUAACCUGCGUGCUUACACUGGUCCCUUUGAACCCAUAACUACUGCCACAAAGCCAGUUCUUGCUUCUCCUCCUCCUUACUCUCCAUCUCCCUCUACCGACGCGUUUCCCAUCAACGCUGUUCCGAAAACAAAAGGCAAGAAGGGGAAGAAGGGGAAGAAGAAGGAGAAGGCAGAGAGAAAGGCGAGCAAGAUGGCCGCUGCUGCCACCACCACCACCACCACCACCCCGGCGGGGCCCUCCACCGACGAGGGUCUCGACCAACCCCAAACACCUUCCUCGACGUCGACGGUGAUCAAUACACCGGUCACCGGAGAGAUGUCAUCGUCUCCCUCGGCCCAGCAAACCCCCCUCACCUUCGAGGCCACCUUGGCAGCUUCUUUUGCUAAGGUCGAGGCUACUGGUGAGGUGGUGGUGAAUGCCGAGUCAGAGACCCUGGCUUCUCUUCCGGCCCCGCAACCUCUCACCUUCGAGACCACCAAGACGGCUCCUGCUGUCGAGGUCGCGGUCACUGGUGACGUUGCGGUCGACGUCGAGUUCGGGAUGCCGCAAUCUCUCUUGGCAGGGUCACCUCUCACCUUCGAGACCACCCCAGCAGUCUUUUCUGCUGAGGUCGCGGUCACUGGUGAUGUGACUUCUGUCGAGAUGGAGAUUGCGGCAUCUCCCUCCGCACCACCCACCACGAAGCCCGCCGAAGCCGCUACAUAUGCCGACUUCGACCUCACGAUGUGUCCAGCAUACCCACCAUACUGGCAUAUCACCUGCCACGGAAAGUCAUAUUUCUGUUGGCAGCGUGAGGACGGUCAUAUGGAGCCUGUCGACGUGGCUACCCUCGAGCGAGACGACACCGUCCUGAGUUGUCUCUUCUACCCACCUUGCACACAGCACCAACCGUCAAAGUCAUGUUGGUGCCCCGAGUGCGUGGGCAGUCUUCGAUUCUGUUGCUGUUACCAUUACCCACAGUACUGCAACUACCCCUUCCCACCAGUGCCUGCUCCUAUGGAGCCUUGGUGGGCAGAGCAGUGGCGGUAUGAGCAGCAGAAUCUGAAGGCUGAGGACCAGCGACCUGUGGCCAAAUCGCAGGUUCUGGAGCCUGGGAAGAUGUCAACCGCGGCGUUCGUCCCCGAGGGCAAGAAGGUGGAAGUGGUGGAGCCCACCUCGGUGCUGGAGAGUGUGGUAGCUGCCGACAAGCAGCCCACCCCGAAGCCCGAGAGUGUGGCCGAGUCCGCCUCGAGGCUGACAACGCCGGUGGAAAGCACUCGGAAGAAGAAGAAGAAGAAGGCCAAGAAGAAGUCGGGCAAGAAGUCUUCACCUCCCCCGCCCCUCCCCCCCUACUCCUACUCCGCCCGGGCCUGUCACACCCGUUCUGAAGAAGACUUCGGCCUUUGA